GCUUUCCCGCUCGUCCCCUUUCCGUCACUAAUAUAGGUUGCCCCCGGACAGCCAGCCAAUCAGGAGCGCGGUGGCAUCUUGCCCUCGCUCUAAGGCAGCUAGCGGUCGGAAUUUGGGGGAGUCAGCGGCGCCGCCUAUCUCUGGCAGCAGGCGGUGGUUUAAAGGAGGUGGCGGGAAGCCGGUGUUUGGUCGAAUUCGUCACUCUCAUGGUCGUUUGGAUUUUUCACAUUCAAAAUUAACCAAGCAAAAUAAGCCAAGAUGUCUGUUGAUCCGAUGACCUAUGAGGCCCAGUUCUUUGGCUUCACACCGCAAACUUGCAUGCUUAGGAUCUACAUUGCAUUUCAAGACUACCUAUUUGAAGUGAUGCAGGCUGUUGAGCAGGUUAUUCUGAAGAAGCUGGAUGGCAUCCCAGACUGUGCAAUUAGCCCAGUCCAGAUUCGUAAGUGCACGGAAAAGUUUCUUUGCUUCAUGAAAGGACGUUUUGAUAACCUUUUUGGCAAAAUGGAGCAGCUGUUUUUACAGUUGAUCUUGCGUAUUCCCCCAAAUGUCUUGCUUCCGGAAGAUAAAUCUCAGGAGACGCAUCCUUAUAGUGAGGAAGAAUUCCAGCUUCUCCAAAAAGAAAUUGAACAGUUACAGGAGAAGUAUAAAACUGAAUUAUGCACUAAGCAGGCCCUUCUUGCAGAAUUAGAAGAGCAAAAAAUUGUUCUGGCCAAACUCAAACAGACAUUGUCUUUGUUUGAUGAGCUUGAAAAUGUCGGCAGAGACCAUGGGACUAGUGAUUUUAGGGAGAGCUUGGUGUUCCUGGUCCAGAACUCCAGAAAACUACAGAAUAUUAGAGACAAUGUGGAAAUGGAAGGCAAAAGACUGAAAAUAUCUUAAUGUCUAAAUAAUAAAAGGAGUUUGUCAGAAGGUGGAAUGAUAAGGGGUUUAUAUCAAUGACCAUUCUGAUCCUAGUGAACUGUGUACUUUGGGGGGCUCUUCUUUGUUCACUCUUUCUUGUAUUCCACGUCCUCCUCUUUUUUGGUCCACUCUCCUGAAGCAUCUAUGCACUACCUUGAACUAAUCUUUUUUUUUUUUUUUUUGCGGUACGCGGGCCUCUCACUGUUGUGGCCUCUCCCGUUGCGGAGCACAGGCCCCGGACAUGCAGGCUCAGCAGCCAUGGCUCACGGGCCCAGCUGCUCCGCGGCAUGUGGGAUCUUCCCAGACCAGGGCACGAACCCGUGUCCCCUGCAUCGGCAGGCGGACUCUCAACCACUGCGCCACCAGGGAAGCCCGGACAUCUCCUUUAUUAACCAGCCACUGCACUGUGGGACAGCCAACAUAGACUGCUUGUUCUUGCCCAGUAACUUUUCUUACAUGGGGACUUUAAUAACUCGUUGAAGGAAGCAAGUAGCAGAAAAAACAACUAUGGCCUUUAGAAAGAAGAAAGAAGUUAUUUUGUUUCUAAAAUAAAUCCUUUCCAUGACCAAGGCCUUGGUGAGGUUAAAGAGUUUACUGUCUUGGAGCCCAGCAAUGGAAGACAUUGGACAAAAGGAAGCAGAUUUCACUGACAUAGAAAAGGAAGCCUGGAACAUAUCCAAUAGCAAAAUUUAUAUCAACUGACUAUUAGGUAUUUAUACCUUUUUUUUCAUGCUUCAGUUAGUUUUGGAAUCUGCCUUGUACCUAAUAUUUAAUUAACUUAUUUAUUCACACUCAUAAGCAUCAAAUAUUUAGUACUCUCAGUGAUAAAUUUUAGCUGUGUCUUGUGCUUAAAUUCAAUGGAGUCUAAUAUUUCCUUUUGUAACUAAUCCAUGUAAAAUGUUAGAUCACUCAAGGAAAGGGGAGAAAUAGCAACAGUUGCUCUUAAAGUAUUACUUGCCUUCCAUGUCUUCCUGAAGAACAGGAUUUGGAGUUUCUCCUUUAUAUAGAAGUGUAACUUAGGAUAUUAAUAUUUGCAAUUAAAUAUUCAUCAGUUUAGGAAGCCUGUGUUUACCUGGAAUAUGUUUAUUAUCAAAGAGUCCUUUUUUCCAAUCCUGUACAUUAAAUAUAUGUGUUUUUAAAGCA